UGAUCUUUUGCAACCGCAUCGAAUGCGAAUCUCCACGGCUUGCACUCCCAUAUCCGAUCGCAUCCGAUAGACUUUUCCGGCAGUUUCGAAGCGAUGGAGUUCGCGGUGGAGUCGGUGCAGCUUCUCCUACUCAUAGGCGUGAUCAGAUGUGGCAGAGCCCUUCAUCUGGGGACACCGGUGCAGCAGCAGAGUUUCGGGUACGUGCUGCAGAUCUACGAUCCCAGAUUCCUGGCGGCGGGAUCCCUGUUCAGUGCGCGCUACGUCUUGACGGUGGCGCACUGCUUCAGGAAGAACACCAAGCCGGAGCAGCUGACAGUGCGAGCGGGUCACGACCGGAUAGCCAGGGAGUUCGGCAAAGGCAGGCCGGUGGCAGGGCUGCUGCGCCACCCGAGGUUCUCGCCUCAGACCCUGCGCAACGACAUCGCCGUGCUGAGGGUCAAGGUGGCCAUUGGGUUCUCGCGCUCGGUCAACUACAUACCCCUGUGCUCGCUGGCCGUGAGGCGAGGAAGCGUCGAACCGCCACCGGUGGUCGCAGGCUGGAGCCUGAUGAACAUCAACCAGCCGCUGAAGUCGAUUAGCGUCACGGUGGAGCCGGACAAGAGCUGUCUACCCUGGUUCGCCCAGCUCCCAGCCGGCGUCUUUUGCGCCUCGACUGAGCGGGAGCGGGGGGAAGGUCUGUGCUACGGCGACUCGGGGGAUCCCCUGAUCAGCAGCGACGAGGUCUGCGGCCUGGCAAUUGGCUUUCGCCGGUGCGGGGACAAGCGGUAUCCCGCCCUCUUCACGGACGUCCACUACCAUCGCAACUUUAUCGCCCAAGCCGUACUCACAUUGGACAGGGUAACGGCGAAAACGACGAAAGGGUCAAAGGGUUGACUCGUCCAUUAACUCAGCAUAUUAACGCCAAAUGGAUCACGUAAUACAUAACCGGCUGCAGCUGAAUGAAGGCUAUUUAUGGUUGAAACACGUCUGGAGGACUCACCUGCAAGGAAAUAGACAAAGGAAAAUUCAAUCACAAUCGAAUAAAAACAGAACAAGGCGCAAAGGGAAAUUCGUUUAAUAAAUUACAUGGUAUUGUGUAAAAAUAAAGAGCGGGUAAGCCAAGGCUACGCUAAAUAUUCCAUUGCGGAAUAAAAUCUUUUAUUGCCAGGCCUUUAAAAAUGUUCCCGUUUUCACUA